AUGCGGGAGCGGGCGAUGCAGCAGGCCGUGGAGUGGUCAGAGCGGCGGCGCAGCCCGCAGGCCGACCGCGCGAGCCGAGCGAGCCGAGAGCGGCUGACGCGCUACCCAGGGCGUGCGGCGGCGCGGCUGCAGCGUUCGCCGCCGCCGCCACGGCUUAAUCAGGCGUGGCUCGCCGCACCCACCGCCUAUUGGGAGGCCGGCGACGCGCUGCACCACAGAGAGACGGCCCACUGGCUCAGCCAUGAGAGCAGCGAAUCGCAGAGGCGGCUGCAGUCGCUCGUGCAGGAGCAACGCGAUCGCGCCGGCUGGAGGCUCGAGGCGGCCAUCGGGACCGACGUGCGUGACGCGCAGCCGGGCGCGGUGGCAAUGGCGCGCAGUGAGGUGGCGACCAGCACUGAGGAGGACCCCAAAGCCGAGGCUGCGCACGCGACUGCCGCCGCCGAAACCUUCAGCAAGGCGGAGGCCGAGCGGCUGGCGGGCCUGCUCGAGGCUGCUGCAGCCAAGGCGGCGGCGGUGCGGGAGGAUGAGGCGGCCAUCGCAACGGCACGCGCGGCAGAGGCGCUUGCUCAUGCGAAGCUGUCGAUGGAGGCGGCUGUGCGGGCGCGUGGCGAGUCCGUGGCUCGCGUGGCCGCGGCGCGUCUCUCAGGCCGCGCGUGCGCGGCCGCGUUCGGCGCAUGGCGCGCUGCCACCGUGCGCGAUCGCGCUGAAGCGGCCGAGCACCGUGCGGCCGAGGCCGCGGCUCGAGCCGCCGUUCUGGAAAGGAGGGUGGCCACUGUUGAGGCGAGGGCGUCGGAGGCAGCGCGUGCGGCGCAAGAGUCGGCGGCCGAGGCGCAGGCUGCGGCGCAGCUGGAGGCACAGCUAUUGGUUGGGAUGCGUGCGCUGCAGUCGAGCCUUCGCGAGGAGGAGGGCGCCUCGCGCCGCCUCCGCUUGAAGUUGGCACGCCUCACCUCGGACGUUGCGAGCGCAGUGGCUACGACAGAGGCAGCGGCGACAGAGACGGCCCGAAAUAUGCUCGACGACAAGGCCGCAGCUACCGAAAAGGUGUCGCAGGCGAUGGGAGGGGUGCUGGCGGGGGAGGUGCAAGCGGCCGAGGCGGCAGCUGAGGCCGCAGUUGCUUCUGUCCACGUGGCGUUGGCACAGGGCGCCGCUCUCGCGGCGGUGGCGGAGGCAGCACAAACAGCGGCGGCAGAGCGCAAGACAGCCGCUGGUGAAGCAGCGGAGGCUGUCCGGGCGCAGGCUGCCGACGACAACGCUGCGGCGGCAGCGCGGGGCGCAUCUGCGGUCGCCGCAGCGUUGGAGGCAGCGCAGAGGGAGGCGAGGGCGCAGCUGGAGCAAGUGGCAUGGGAGGCUCGCGUGGCAGCUCGCGUGGAGGCAGAGGAGGAAUGGGAGGCUGCGGUCGACGCUGCGGCCUCGGCCGCCGCCUCCACAGCGCGUGCCUCCCGUGGCAGUGGCACCGAGGCGGUGGGGCUGUCUAUGGACGAGCUGGCGCUGCAGUGGAGCCAAGCGUUGCAGGAGUGGGGGCAGGCGGCCGCAGCAGCCAAGCCGCCGAUGGAGGGGGACAAUGCGCGCCCCCCGCCGCAGUCGCCGCGACGGUGGGGCUGA